AUGGUGGGCGCGUGCGCGGUAGCCGCGCUAUCCCCGGCCACCGCUUCCAUCUCCAGCCCGCCGCCGCCUUUGCCCCGCAGCUUCCGCCUGAGCUGCCGCCAGGACUCCCGCGCGGCGAGGCGCGGCGUCGGUCUCGCUCGUUUCUCCCGCGACGCCAACGACGCCAAGGCGGAGCCUGGCAGCAAGGAGCGAACCCCGCAGGACGACGACGCCGGCUACCUGUGGACGCUGGGCCUCGGGUCCGUCGGCGGCGCGGCCGCCGUGAAGUACGGCAGCGUCCUGCUACCAGACAUCACGCGGCCCAACAUCGUGCAGGCGCUGCUCAUGGUGUCCCUGCCCAUGGUGGCCGCCGUCCUCAUCCUCCUCAACCUCAGUUCCUCACAGGAUUCAAGCUGAUAUGCCCUUGUUCAGUUUCACUUUAAAUUGUACUCAACGCCUUGUAAGAUGAAUAAAAUGGAUAUGCACAAGUGGGUAAACAUUCUUCUAUCCGGGAGGGUGUCAAAAUAUUGCACCUCAAGACAUGGGUGUGCAUUUAGGAGUUAUUUGGCUCCCAUCCACACUUUGCCAACCUAAAGUUCAGCAAGUGUCGCAGCCAUCAAAGCGUAUCAAAAUAUUGUACCAUGAAUUUUAGAUUAAUGAAAAAAUUAACGUGCAA